CAGUGAGCGCACGCCGAGGGAUGUGCGUGCGCAACGGAACUAUUCCGAUACACGUUCGAUAUUUGAAAACAAUGACUGUUUAGUGUUUUUUUUUUUUUUAUUAAGUGUCUCACGUGCCAAUAAGUUGCCUUGGAAAGUGUGUUAGUUUUUAAGGAUAAAGAAAAAUUGGAUUUAAAGGAUAUUCGUCCGAGAUGUCAUCUUUCAUUUCCACUUCCGCGGAGAGCCAGCCUGAAGUUAAAAAUCGUAUUUUAGAAAGAGACGCUGGAUUCGUCUCUGGUGGAGACGAUGAUGAUUCCUGUUCGGGCCCGGCGCAUUCUGACGACUCCGGAGUUCGCCUCGACUCCCGCGCCGAAAGCGACCGGCCCAAGAGAGAACGCACCCCCGUCAGGCUACAACCACCCAAAAAAAGAAUAAGACUUAGUUCCAGAGAAGACCUCGCUAGCCCAGAAAGCGACGCCCCAGCCAGCCCAUUCCGACCCUGGUCCUUCACAGAAGAACCACAGAACGAACCUCUCUCUUUAGUAAAGAAAACUAGUGAAACCACCCUCUUAAGACAAAGAAGAAGACCCUUAGAACCUCCCCCGCCUAUUCCCCCACCGCCGGUACCGGAACCCAGACCGGGACCACCGAGAGUACCACCCCACCCAGGCGUAGUCGAACCUUACAAUGAAAAACCUAAACCCAGGGAACAGAGGAACUACAAGAACAUGACCAGGGAAAGGAGAAUAGAAGCCAACGCCAGAGAAAGAACCAGAGUCCACACUAUAAGCGCAGCCUUCGACACUCUUCGGAGAUCAGUUCCUGCGUAUAGUCACAACCAGAAACUUUCCAAAUUAUCGGUUUUACGAAUAGCGUGCGCAUACAUUGCUGCUUUAUCAACUGCGAUAGAUCCUGAAGCUGAUUUAUCGACAGCAGUGGAGGCCGUGACGCAAACGAUACACACGGAAGGGAAGCUACGGAAGAAGAAGGAUGAUCCGUGAAGGAAUGGAAGUUAGCUCGUUGGGUUGUGAUUCCAGACUAAGCUAGGCCAGAAGAAAGCUGAUAAAACCUGCGUCGUGCCAUGACAGGCCCUAUAAAAGCAAUUUAAUGAUAAAACGUAACAAUGGUUGCCUAUGACCGAAUACACCUAGUUAGAAAUUUCCAGGAUCCUACCAAUCUACCAGGAUCUAUAGACAAAUUAGUCGAUGACUUAACUCCGACAAAAGAAAAGGCUUGUGAGGAAACGAUUGUGUGAAUUGGAAAGAAAAGUAGAAAAUGUUUGUCUGUCAGUCACGGUAGACAUAACUAUACCGUCCUAUGAAGCCUGAAUUAAUGUUUCAUCUGUGUUAGUACAAAAACGACAAUAAAUUUGCAUGUAUCUGAUUAGAUUGAUGUUGUAGACGAUUUGACUGAUAAAGAAUUUGUACGAAAAUGUUCCUGCAGUAAUACCUACUUAUAAUUAUGUAGUUUUUGGAUCUCGCAUUACCUAAUAUAAAAGACGUUAAGGUUUUAAUGAUAAGGGUAGUAGCAACAACACAAUCAAUUUAUCGAUAAAUCCGUUAAUUUGUAAAAUCAUAUUUAAUUUAAUUACCUGUUUUUUUGACUGAUCUAUGUGUCAUAGUGUUAUGUUUACACAUAGAGAUGUUAAAAUAUCAUUUCUUUAAAAUUCUUAACAAACUUUUUCCCUUUUAGAUAUUUCCCAUCCUUAUAAUGGCCUAUAUUAGAUGAUCUGUAUUAGAUGUAGGUAAUGUUACAUUUAAUGAUAAUAAUUGAUGUUAACCAUUCCUCAAUUCCAGUAUUAAAGAGAAUAAACAUUCUAAUGAUGAAUACAUAAAAUUGAAAAUGUUCGUUAUUAUGUAUUCAUUAUAAUAAUGUUAGUUAAUCGAAAAAGUCUGUUAGUUUGUUUUUCCUAGCUAAAACCGCUGUUCAUUAAAAAGGAAAUAGACCCAAAUUUUACCGACUUUAAAAUGAGAUUUACAAUCAUGUUUUGUGGCGCAGCAGUGGAGGUCCACGCAGGCAAAGCCUCAGGCAAUAGCUAGUGUAAAAUAUAUUUGGCUUUAAUAAUACGUAUAUUUAUUGAAAUCGAGUCAGUAAUUUUAAGCAAACUGUAUGUAUGUAACUAAAUGUAAUUAAUGCAUUUCCUGUAAAUAAUAAGUAAUUAAAUGCUGUGUGUAAAUAGAAAUCUUUAUUUGUGUUAAGUUAAAAAGCUGUAAAUUUACAGCCUUUUAUGUUCUUAUUUCGGGUUUUGUUUUGUCGUUUUUAAUUUGUAAACAUGAAAAUGUUGCCACUUAUUGAUGUCCCUCAUAAGCUAUAAUAGUCCUAGAGGACUCUUAUAGAAUUACUUGUUUAAGUUUUAUCGACGUAUCGUAUUUAUAUGACCUAUUCGACGUUUAUUCCCAGAAAAAAUACAGCCUUUUAAUCAUUGUGAUAAUAAAUUAUAGGUAGGCUGAAAUAUAAAAAAAAUUGCAUUGUGUAACGUAACUAAAUGGAAAAAAUUUCAGUAUACUAUUUCUGACUAGGAACCUAUUUAAAUUAAUUAAAACCAGUAAUUGUGAAGUGGCAAUACUGUAAAAAUUAAAUUAAGAUGAACAGAGAAUAAAUGAUGAAAAGUACACAAAACUA